CUCUAACUUACAGUCCAAGAUAUUCCUCAGCUUUGACAUUUUGCCUCCAAAGUACUGUGAACGCAUUGCUUACUGGGGCAACAUGCCUCCAUCGAACCGACAUUCGAACAAAAGCUUUUGUGCAUAUUUCAUAUGUUACCUUACUUUCGUCCUAUUUCAUUUGCCAAAAGCAAUGGCAGCAGCCAAUGACAGGAUUUCUCGAGACAGCCUCACCCAAUCGUUGGCAUAUGAUGCCACUACGAAUGAAGGUGAAAUAUUUACAAAACAAAAUAUAGUAUCGGCACUGAGGUCUCAGAGAGAUUUGGCCAUCAACGUCAGUAUCAAUCGCAUUCAAUGGCCGGCCAUAAGCCUUUCAUCAAGCUUCUUCGGCAAUAACUACACGGAUUCCAAGCUGCAGGGCCUUAGCUCGGUAAUGGGCUCAGGAUACCGGAGACUGGUGUUGGACCUUUACUGGCGAAGUGACCUUGGGAAUUGGCAACUAUGCCCUGAAAUUAUUCCAGAUACUACCUCCACUCAACGUAUGCUAUUAAACCCUAACCUACUCGGUGGGCUGAAUUCGCCUAACCGUACGGUUACACGACCAUUACCGACUAUCUCCACCACAUCCUCCAAUGCCACACAGUCGACUACCUCUUAUCGACCUUUAAUUGCCAAAGACUUAAAUUUUAGAGAAGCAGUCUUCUCUAGAGAAGAUGUAGUGAUAUCCUCCUAUACUUGUACCCCCUGGAUUACAUUUCGCCACUUUAUGCAAGCUCUAGAUGGGUAUUUAGGCAGCAUUGAACCGAUAAGAAAUCCAGAGAAUACCGAUGUAUAUAUUCUUAUUCUCAAUCUAAACAACCUCAAUGUCACCACCAACAACAAUAUUCAGUCAGUCAACACCAACUCCACAUGGCUAGACUCCAUGUCAGCCAAUCAAUCGCUUAGCCUGCAACAAACAAUCCAGUCCUCCGUUGGACAGUCGCUUGCCAGUACUUCCAAAAUAUACAAACCACCAAAUCUGACCCAGGAUAGAGCUAAUUUAACGGUUUCCUUUAAUACUACGGGAAUGCCAUAUUUCACUACUGAAGACAAUCCAAAUACGCAAACGCUCACAACCCAGACCGGAUGGCCGCCGUGGUCCUACCUCAUUGAAAACCGAUUCCAGCUGUUGGUUGGAUUUGGAAACAAUAACCUACCUACCAACACCAACUAUAAUACUACUGACGAUGCACAGUUAAUUUUCAACGAAGUGGAUUUAGGAGGUGGUUCGAUGAAUGUAGUCAAUGUUACAUCUAUGGAAGCUACUGGUUGGACCAAUUGCUCGGUUCCAGGUAGUAACAAUUAUAUGAUUCCAAGCGGAAAUGAGACCACUGAUCUCGUUGGAGGCAUUCCACCUGGAGGGAACGCCGUGUCUUGGUCUUGGGCCUAUAUGGUUGAUCAAGGCAAUCCCUUCAGUUAUCAAAGCGCGAACAAUGCGAGCGCAUGUGGUUACUCUCCAUACUUUACUGCCUCAAGUUACGCAGCCAAUUCCUACCCUGUUGCUUUGAAUGCCAGCUCAAGUAUAGGAAAUCCAAUAUUGUCAACUAUCUGGUCUUGGGAUGUUGGGCAGCCACCAUAUCUUAUGGGUAGCUUAAGAAAUGGCUCCAAUUUGCUAUGUGCAUCUGUUCAAGUUUCUAACGGCCGGUGGAAGGCUGCUGAUUGUGCCGCACUCUAUAAAGUGGCGUGUCGAAGUGUACAAGACCCAGAUUGGGCUUUGACAAGUGAUUAUUACUCAUACGAUCGCGCGGCAUCAUCUUGCCCUGAUAAAUUCAAAUUUGAGGCUCCUCGAACCGCUCAGCAAAACCACAUGUUGUUUAUGAUUGUACAAAAUGCCACUCGCAGUGUAGCAACCGCGACAAUACAGAGUACGGCUGAUCAAUUCGUCUGGAUCGAUCUUAACAAUGCCGGUGGUCAGGACUGCUGGGUGGUGGGCAAAAAUUCGACUUGUUGGUGGACUAACGGAUCCAAUGGAGAGUUCACUGGUCUGAUACAAACGUCAGCAGUCGCUGGUGUCAUCAUUUUAAUCUUUGUCAGCCUUUUCAUAUGGGUGAAGUGUACCCGCAUGUAUCGACAAAGGAAGGCCGGUAUCCGCAAAGGAAUUGUUAGUCGACUGAUUCAGGAACGCGAGUAUGUCACGGUUCCCGCUUAGCUUAGAUUUCUGCUCUCGAAACUUAAUGACUCCUUCCCUCUCUUGCUAACGCAAUGUACAUACUCGUUUAAAAUACUUUGAG